AGUCGGGGACGCAGUGCGUCGUGUUAUGAGCUCCCGGAGUCUUGCCCCUCGGCUGGCUGGACCUGGACUUCGGGGUGAUGCUGCCUGCGGUCCGGACGAGACCGUGCUCUACCCUGAGGGUCUGGCUGCUCAGACUCUCCCGGGUUCAGGUCCAGCACCUUACGUCUUCGCGGCCGCGGACGCGCCCCUGUUGGUGUGUGGGAAAGCUUGAGCGGCGGUGAAUCGGUGCCCUGGUGCUUGCAGGCAGCUGGGAGCGGAGCUCGCCAGCCCUGGGCUCGCCGAUUGGCUGCUUCCGUUUCCGCUUUUACCUUCUUGGCCUCGGAAUUCAGGUGUGAAGUGCCAGGCGGCUGGGCGUCUACCCUGGAAGCUCUCAGAGGAUGCGCUUUGCUCUCCAGUGAGACAUUAACCUCUCCUUUACAAGUUUGAGCUACUCGGCAGCAGUUUCCGUAAAUAGUGAUCAUAUCCUUGUUUUCCAUGAGGGAUCUUGACGACAAUAUAUGCAAACGAUAUAUCAAAAUGAUAACUAAUAUCGUUAUAUUGAGCCUGAUCAUUUGCAUUUCUUUAGCUUUCUGGAUUGUGUCUAUGACUGCAAGUACCUAUUAUGGAAAUUUACAGCCUAUUUCUCCUUGGCGUUGGCUGUUCUCUGUUGUUGUUCCAGUUUUGAUCGUCUCAAAUGGCUUUAAAAAGAAGAGUCUAGAUUACAGUGGGGCUUUGGGAGGUCUAGUGGUUGGAUUUAUCCUAACCAUUGCAAAUUUCAGCUUUUUUACCUCUUUGCUGAUGUUUUUCCUUUCUUCUUCAAAACUGACUAAAUGGAAGGGAGAAGCAAAGAAGCGUCUAGAUUCAGAAUAUAAGGAAGGUGGGCAGAGGAAUUGGGUUCAGGUAUUCUGUAAUGGAGCUGUACCCACAGAGCUAGCCCUGCUGUACAUGAUAGAAAAUGGCCCCGGGGAAAUCCCAAUAGAUUUUUCCAAGCAGUACACUGCUUCCUGGAUGUGUUUGUCUCUCUUGGCUGCACUGGCCUGCUCUGCUGGAGACACGUGGGCUUCAGAAGUUGGCACUGUUCUGAGUAAAAGCCCACCAAGGCUGAUAACAACCUGGGAGAAAGUUCCAGUUGGAACCAAUGGAGGCGUGACAUUAGUGGGCCUUGCCUCCAGUCUCCUUGGCGGUACCGUUGUGGGCAUCACAUACUUCCUCACACAGUUGGUUUUUGUGAGUGAUUUAGACAUUUCUGCUCCCCAGUGGCCAAUUAUUGCAUUUGGAGGUCUGGCUGGAUUGUUAGGAUCAAUUCUGGACUCAUAUUUAGGAGCUACAAUGCAGUUCACUGGUUUGGAUGAAAGCACUGGCAUGGUGGUCAACAGUCCAACCAGUGAAGCGAAGUACAUAGCAGGAAAACCCAUUCUUGAUAACAAUGCAGUGAAUCUGUUUUCUUCUGUCCUUAUUGCCCUCUUGCUCCCAACAGCUGCUUGGGGUUUUUGGCCCAGGGAGUAAAUCCUACUUCGUUUCCAUAGGCUGAAACCUAAGUGAGUUCAGCUAAAUUUGCAAUUCCAAGUUCAAUCUAAGAAUAAUUUUAAUCACGUAAGUAGAAAUACCAGCUCCUCCCAGAUUCCAUUAUGAUAGAAUUCCACAAUUUUCUUUUCAUCAUCUCCCUUGUAACAGCUAACAUCUUUCUAGAGAAAAAGAAAAGUGCAUAGAAUUUAUACAUAUUUUUCUUUUGAUGGCUCUUCUUGAGCAGUGAAACUAUAUUGUUCCCCCCAGAACUGAAAAUUAUACAUGGUAGAUAGAAGUUUUGUUUUAUUUAACAGUGUAGGCACUAAAAGUGAUGGAAUUUUAAAAUAGUUCUCUGUUGUGGCAGAGAAAUGCCACUGUGCCAGCUUCCCAAAUGUUGUAUCUGUUUUCAGUGGCUUAAAUUGAUGUGUGUGGAAGCCUAAAUAAGUGUAGUAUCCUGGACUUUUCCUGUUACUUUGCCAUUCUCAAUUGUGAAAAGUGUUAAAUUUGUUUCCUAGUAAGCUAUGUAGCCUACUCCAUGCUUGUUCUUCCUGCCUCAAGGUUAGAGGUGGUAAAUGUCCUUUUCAUAUGACUGUUAGAAUUUGUGAAAAAUUAUUUUUAAAUAAAAGCAAGAAAGAUUUAUCUUAUGUCUAAAAAAAUCUGUACUUUCUGUAUAUUUCAGCUGCUCUCUGAGCACAAACUAUCUAGAAUUUAAUAUUUUGAUUGUUUUCUUGAAAUACGUAUAGGAAUCUGGUUGAACAUUGGCAUCCUGAACAGUUAAAAAGUCACUGGAAAAUUAUCAGGAUUAUUUUUUAUUUGCUAUCCUAAAAGUCACUGGAAGAUGUUAUGAUUUCCUAUUAUAUACCUUCUAAAUUGUGCUGCCUUUAAAUUGUAGCUUGUAUAAAGUGAAUUUACUUUUCAGUCUUGUUCUUCACUGUCAUUUACUGUAUGCUAAAGAAGUUUUGACAUGGUGUGGAUUGUUUUACUAAAAGUGUUUUAAAGUGUU